AUGCAGAUCUACGGCUUGCUCAUUCUCGCCAGUCCACCUGGAGCAGGCGCUGUUCCUUUGACAACAGCAUGGGAAUUGGGUUCCUUUUCAUGGUUGCAACGAGGUACCGUACAGGAUAUGAUGGGGUUCAUGGCUCGAACGGUCGCAGAACGAACCCAACCAACACAACGACAAUCAGUACAAGAAAACUCCUAUGUCGCUCACGUUCACUCUCGACCCGCAUCCGAUGGCAUUACCGGCGUCCUUAUCACCGACACAGAAUACCCCGUCCGAGUCGCAUUUUCCCUCCUGAACAAAACUCUCGAUGAAUUCGUCAUCAAAGUCCCCAAAUCGCAAUGGGAAUCCAAAGUAAACGCAAUCACAACCGGCUCUGCUACCGCCCCUCCCAAAGGAGAAGCUUUGCUCGGCCUCUCAGCUUUCCCGCAGUCCGUCGACUAUGUGAAGAGGUAUCAGGACCCAAGACAGGCAGACACAAUCAUGAAGGUGCAACAGGAACUGGACGAGACUAAGAUCGUGCUGCACAAGACAAUCGACUCGGUUUUGCAGAGAGGUGAAGAUUUGGAUAAGUUGGUGGAGAAAAGUGGAACUCUGAGCGAACAGUCAAAGAUGUUUUAUAAGACGGCUAAGAAGCAGAACUCUUGCUGUAUCGUUAUGUGA